AUGUCGUUUAAGUCUGGGGGAGAGAGACAUGGUAGUUACUAUGAAAUGAUAAAACUGCACCAAGAGAGGAGAGAUCCUCGCAUUUCUCGUAUGUUUGAUGCAACAUACGUUGGUGAUGGUGUCCCUGUUGUUUGCGAUAAGAUCUGCUACUUCAUGGCGAUGAUGGCAACAAUUUAUGAUACUCUCGCUUGACGAUGGAUAUCAUGAUUUGUUUGAAACUGUUUCGAUGAAUAAGAAAGUCGGAUCUCGUGGGAAAUACGUUGAGAUCGCCGGCGAGAGACAUGAACCGACACCAACGUAAGGAGAAGAGAGAGAAGGGUUAGACCUUCUCCAUCAGUGGGUUCACAAGAGAGUUCUUAGUGUAUUUGGGCAAAAAAAUAAAUCAGAACAAAAGAAAAAAUCUAAGAUCUCCUCUUAUAUAAUAUACUCGAAUGUGGGUUAAGAGGCGCUACGUGUCAGUUGGGGGUGAUUGAUUUUAUUCUUUUUCCUCUCUCUCUUACUCUCGCGAUUGUAUCUCCGAAACGAGAAAACAAAUUGGAAUCAGAAGAUUCAAGGUUUGGAAAUCGAAGGAUCAAUUGCUUCAGAAGAAGAGUUUGGAUUCGAUGGGAAUGGAGAGAAGGCUAUUAGUGGCGAAGGCGAUUUGGAAGCCAAUCGCGAAAGAAAGAAAUCGAGUUUCAGUUGGAGAUGGAUGCGGUUCGUAUUGUGGAGUCCAAUAAAUUGGAAGAGAUUGAAGUAAUUGGAAUCACAUGACAAGGAUCAGAACAAUUUGGAGAAGAAGGUACUCGGAGAUAUCACUUGAAGAAGUUGCGAAAGUUUGCCCUGCGUGUCGUGGUUUGUGUGAUUGAUUUGGGGUUUUCUUUGAUUGGUUUUAGCUUGGUUCUACUGCUAUUGGAGUUAAGACUAAAGAAGGAGUUAGGAGUUGUGCUUGCUGUCGAGAAGUAUCACUUCUACAUUGCUGGAACCGAGCAGUGUGGAGAAGAUUAUGGAAAUUGAUGACCAUAUUGGUUCUCUUAAUACUUUUUUUAAAGGUCCAUUUUCUGCUGCUUUUAAACAUCUCUGCAGUUUCCAGAAAAUUUGGAACACGACGAUGGUGAACAAACCUGGAAACUGCAGAGAGAGUAUGAUGGAGAGUAAGAAAGAAGAAGGUGAAGAAGAAGAAGAAGCAAUCGGAUUGAGAGUGAAGAGUAUGAUGGGUGCGUCUAAUUGAACAUGGUUAAAGCAUGGUUAAUCGGAUUGAACAAACUAUUAUUAAUUGGACAUGGUUAAAGCAUUACGGUGAUGGAGAAAGUUGCACAACUCUCUUGCUCUGCUAAUUGGACGGUGAUCAAAGCUCAAAAAGAGGCUGAAAACAAUUUUGUUGUCCAAUGCAGAAGCUAUCAUUCCCAUUGCUACCUUUCAAUACAAAGCAAAGGUAACCAAAAGCAGUUGGUAGACACAAAUGUUAACAAAAUAAGAAUUCAAUUGAUAUAUAUUUCUUGGAGGUAAAAAACCCCUCAUGACUUUACAAAA